GAAACCGACAUAUAGUUUCUUUGAUACUAGCGGUUUACAGGACCUUUACUGUCGAAUCCGUUGUAUUGCGACCCGCGUAUUCAAAACACGAGUUGUUUUGGUUUUCUGUUCCGUCUGAUUGGCUUAGAAUAAUUUGACUGGAGGAACAGAACAUCACAAAAGACAAAAACAAAUCGAUGUUUAGAAAAUACGGCGUCGCGAUAAACGGAUUCGGUUACGGAAUCGACGCCAAAACCGCCCCCUGCUGACCAUCGAAUAGAUGGCUCGAGCUGUGACGUCAUCCCGAGCGUGGAGAUAGAUGUUGACCUCGAAAAGCGCAAUGUACGUGUAAUCUAUCCGUUUCUGUUUUCCCAGUGCGUUGUAUAUAAACCCCAGAUCGAGUGUUUUGCUGUUUAAAUAAGUUGUGGUCAUACUCAUCUGGUAAUAAGCUUAAUACCGCUAUCAAGUAGCUGCAGCGAACGACUUUGAGUUUUGUUGCCAAGGAACCUCGAACCGGGACGACGAAAGACCCAACUUAGACAGAAAUCUGGUAAAAUCAGGAGAAAUACAGUAAAUAUGUGAAAAAAACCAAGAGAGCCAAUGCCUGUGAAUUCAGAGAAUGUACGAACGUUCUCUGUAUUCUUGGGCUUGUAAUGAGGUCCAAAAUCUUGUGACACCCGCCUAAUUCAGUGAUCUUAGGGAGUUAUGCUGUCUGGACGCACCAAUGAUGUCAAGUGGAGAAGACUGCCAUAAACAAGUGCACUUUGCAAAUGGCUUUCCUCCUAAGGAGGUUGUAGUAUCACCACGCUUGUCUCCACCCGUUAACAUGCAUGGUGGAAUCUUUGUAGGCCUUCAUGACGAGGUUCCAUCAAGGCUUACACAGCAUGGGAGACUCAUCCCACCUCUUGCUAAAAGGCGAGGGCAGUUUUGUGCUGUAAACCCAAGACAUGAAAUCAGUGUGGAUAUUCACCAGCCUGACCCAUUCAGUGGUCAUAAAGGAGCAGAGAAAACAGGCUUCACUGCAUAUCCUAUAAAGCAUUUCAAGCCUUCACAGCCUAAAAAAAGGUCAAAAGUUAAAAGGGUGGAAGGAAAGAAUCCUAUAGCGAUGCUUAAUUUUCAAAGCGCAAUAUCUCAAGCCACUGUGCCUCCCAGCAAUACACAAGAGGGCACACCCGUAGAAACGCUGGCUAGCAAGUGUGACAAGAUUAUGGCAGAUGUUGAAAAGGAUUUCAUAUUGUCAGAGCUGUCUGGUAUUGAUGAAGUAUACCAAAGAAUUUGUCAUGGUAACAAGGAGUCCUUGCACAGCCUAGUAUUACCAGUGAGAAACAAGAGGAAGAAGUACUCAUCAGGGAAUUUGCAGUAUCUGAGUGUGUCAUCACAAGUGAUGCCUUCAAUCAAGCACAAUCAUAAACCAUCUUAUCCUUUGAAAAAUAACAAACCCCAGGCAAUAAACCACCAGAGCUUGGAUGAAAAGACACAUUGUUAUGAGGAUGAUGAUGGUGUUCAAAAGAUUCCCAAAGAACCUCGUGCAAUUCUUGUGCCACUGCCUUUCUUCAAGAGGAAAAGUUCCCAGCCACCCCAGACUGCUCCUGCAAGACACAAAGCCAUUCAGACACCCCUAGAAAAUGCACGCCAUCGCCUUGCAAAGCAUCAUACAAGGAGAGCGAUAUCUUCAUUAUCAGGAUGGUCUUCUCCAUCUAUCAUAAACUUUAGCCCUGCUGGUCUUCCUGAGGCUAGCCGUCCAGGAACAAGGGCUUGCAAUGCCACCGGAUCAAUUGUUGGUGUCCAGAACCGGUCUAAUACAGGGACAGUAGCUAUUGUUGCCUCACUGGAUCAACCCAAUCGUGCAUCACCAUAUCUUGUUACUCCCCCUGCAACAGCUGCUAGUGGACUUGUCACAAAACAGUCAUUCUAUGAUGAGGAUUUUGAAGUGGACAGGUUGCCGGAAAGUGAGAUGGUGGUUGAUGAUCCAGCAGAAAAUAAAUCAGAAAAAAUGUCAGUCACAUCCGAAGAAGAGCACAUCAUCAAAGAUGACACUUGUGCAGAUCCAAUGGUGGAGGGGAUGCAACGGAGUAUGCAGUGCUUGUCCAUUGUACUGAAUGUUACCACCGAGGAUGGCAUGGUGGAUGAUGUUGAGAUCUUUGAUCCUUCAAAAAGAGAUGUUGAGAAAGAAGAGCGAAUUGCACAUGAAAUUGAGGAAGUGCAAAAACAAUCCCAGAAAAAGAAGGAGGAAAUCGAGGCAUUGUUGGAUGAGCAUGGAGAAAUAAUCAAAGAAGUACAUCAAUUAGAGGAGGAUUUGCAUCAAUAACAUAUAGUGCAAGCAAUGAAUAUUGGUAGUAUUUUCACAUCACAAUGCAAGUUAAUUUUAACUUAAAGGUUUUAACUUAAAAGUUUCUGAGAAGAACACUUUAGUGUAAAUAUAAUAAGCCAUAAUGAAUUGAACAAGCGCGCUCCUUCAAAUAAACGCCUCCUUCCCCAAUGAACACCCCUUCCCUCCCACUAAAAAAUCCAUCAAAAGCACCACUUAAAUGGUGUAAACCUUAAUUUUAUUUAGCUGGCAUUAACAUUCUGACAUAACAACGAUAUUGCCAUCAAUUUCCUAACAAUAAACCCCUAACAAAAUUUCACAGCUCAUUGCAAAUAAAAUUUCGUUUUCAAUCAAUCCGGGAGCACUCCCUUCCCAAAAAGCACCCCCCCCAAAAAAAAAAAAAAAUAAUAAUAAUAAAAAUAAAGUAAGCCUGGGCGCUCAUAUAAGCAUAGCCCUAAUUUACGGUAUCUGAUGACCAAGUAUGAAAACAGAUUUUGGCAAAAUUAGAGUUUGCAGAAAAAAAAAAAAAACAUGUAUGUAGAAUAUAUAUAUAACAGACGAGAUAAAUAACAGUUUCUCUCAUAAUCAGACAGCUGUCCAAUAUGUGCACCUUUUUUUAUUUCCAAGUGUCUACUUAUGACAAUGUCAACUGUGUUGAGUGGAACAUUUUUUUCAAAAAUGAAAACUUAAUAUAUUAUUCCUUGAAACAAUUAUUUCAAGACAUUAAAAAUUUUCUUGAAAAACGUUAAAAAAAUAUUUCAUGAAUUUAAGUUGAAACGAAGUGUGGCAUUUAAUUUCCUGAAGAAAGUGGGUAUCUUUUUUUGAAAAAAGACAAAGCAAUUAAUAGUAAAUUAAAAUAGUGUAUAGCAUGUUGUGUUGAUUGUCUUAUGAGACUCCAAGCUGUGUAAAACAAAGACCUAAGAGACGUCAGAGAAGCAUCAGAGGAUUUUUGUUAAACAAACUCUUUAUUUACUCUGGUUAGCCAUCAACCAUUUUUAAAAGGUCUUUAUUAUUGAAUAGGUCUUCAUUAUCGGGUCUUCAUUCAGUCUUUGGUAUGUACACAACCAGCCUUUUUAGAACUCUUUACUACAUAGCAAGCAAUGUGGAAAAUGAUACUGUAAAUGUUUGUUUUAUUGCCCACUGUAACUCUGCGUCCCCUCUUAGGUUUAAAUAACUAACUUCUUUUCAGAGUUAACAGCAUGCAAUUCAAAAGCUAGCAAUAAAAAUGCUCGCAAGUAUUGAUAACAUGCAAUCGGCAUAUCUAUGGCUGCGUUCUUUAUAGUUAUUCGGUUAUACAGGUGUACUGGGGGGUGUGGGUGUGCAGGUAUUAACAAAAAGGAUAAUAUUUGCUGAUCCCUCAAUAGGUCAUAACUGAAGGGGUGAAACCCUAGGUAUGAACCUGUUAUACUUGUGUAAGGACAUCUGGAUUAUAAAUAAAAUGUACUUUUGGAGAAUGGCAA